CAGGGAUGUCCAGUCUGUCAUCAGACUGAUGAGCAAACCCAGAGCCCCUAAGAACUCCUGAGAGGUAGAAAUACAAUUUUCUUUCUUAAACUCUAUUCCCUUUUGCUUUAUUUGACAGAAGUGGCUUGUUUCCUGGGAUGCCUUUUCAAAGUCCAUCUUUUUAACAGGUUGAUCGUGUCCUGAGCUGAAGAUGUUCCCUGAACAACAGAAAGAGGAGUUCGUAAGUGUCUGGGUCCGAGACCCCAGGAUCCAGAAGGAGGACUUUUGGCACUCCUAUAUUGACUACGAGAUUUGUAUCCAUACUAAUAGCAUGUGUUUUACCAUGAAAACAUCUUGUGUACGAAGAAGGUACAGAGAAUUUGUGUGGCUGAGGCAAAGGCUCCAAAGUAAUGCACUGCUGGUACAAUUACCAGAACUUCCAUCUAAAAACCUAUUUUUCAACAUGAACAAUCGUCAGCAUGUUGACCAGCGCCGUCAGGGCUUGGAAGAUUUCCUUAGAAAAGUCCUGCAGAAUGCACUUUUGCUUUCCGACAGCAGCCUCCACCUCUUCCUGCAGAGCCAUCUCAACUCCGAGGACAUUGAAGCAUGCGUUUCUGGGCAGACCAAGUACUCGGUGGAAGAGGCAAUUCACAAGUUUGCCUUGAUGAAUAGACGGUUCCCCGAAGAAGAUGAAGGGAAAAAAGACAACGAUGUAGAUUAUGAUUCAGAGAGUUCAUCCUCUGGGCUUGGACACAGUAGUGAUGACAGCAGCUCACAUGGAUGUAAAGCAAGCCCGGCUCUUCAGGAGUCCUGAGAAGGAGUCCUAGGGCCACUACCUUAGGCACAGAAUUGCGCCCAGCCAGAGAGAACGCUUGCUCACGACAGAUCCUUAUCUAAUGCCACUGUCAAUAUCUUAGGUAGUUAAAUACUUAACAGUGGUGGGUUCUUAGUGGUAGCAUUUUUAUGUUGUCUAAUUUUAGCCAGGCUUCUGUAUAAAGCCGUAAGGUCUGUGAAUGCCAUACAACCCUUUAUUGCCAUAUAAUACUUGUAAAUACAAUCCUGUUCUCAAGUGUGGUGAGUUAGAUGCUGUAUAUAUAAAAAUGAAAUCCAGUUGGUCUUAACUGAAUUUUAAAGAACUGGGUGUAUCAGCAGCAUUUCAAGCCCAGACAGAACAUCCCUGCAGCGUCAGGGGAAGUUACAGUAAACAGUGUGACUGGAGCCAGGGUACAGAGUCACGGUACAUCACACUGCCUCUUUGACACGUGGCUCUUGUUUUGUGGAGACUUCCCCUACUCUGGAAAAUGCUUUGCUUUUGGGUGUUUGGUUGACAUAUUUAAGAGUAUUUAAGCUUUCCAGUAUACUAUUUCACAUGUAAAUGGAAAAAUAUGUCUUACAAAUAAAGAUGUAUUAAAAUACUGUUUACAUCUUAGAGGGAAAAAAAUAGAAGAUACGUUCAUAAUUUUGCUUAAAUUUGCCAUCCGUAGAUUUAGAGAUACAUUCUCACUGUCCAAAAAUGAGCUUAAACAUGGCUUUUGGCAACAAGUCGUUUUACCAUUGUGUAGUUAGAAUCAUAGCUUAUAGUUUAUUUUCUGAUAUUUAAAAAAAAUGUGCAUUAAAAAAAUCACCUGCAGUGGUGGCUCCUCACAACUUACUUUAAAGUUAGAAGAAGGUAUUUAUAAGAUUUACGUUAGUUUUACCCAUAAAUAUUUCAAUAAUUUUGGAGUGGAAGUCAGGUUGCUAAUGUCAGAGCUCAUAUUGUUUUAGAAGCCCUUUUUUUAAGGUGUCUACCUGAAGAUUGGCUUAAUUUGAAUAAAAUAGCCCCCCCCCUUGUGGCCUGAAGAUGAGAUGUCUUGGGUCCACUCUGAGCUUCCAGUUUCAGAUGGGGCAGCAUUUUCCUGGGAUAAUUAGCCAAGUCCUCCCUGCUAAGGAUGCACAGCCAUCUUCAGAAGGUAUUUUCACCAAGUGGGAUAACUUGUUGCUUUCAGUGAAUGGCUCCCACUCUCAUUGGGGGAAAAGCUGCUGCAAAAAGCAGCCAUUUACUUGGGUGUUUAGUAGUUAUUGAUUAAUAAAAAGUUUUGACUUGUCCUUUGUAGUGCUUGUUUCAAAGAAUUGGUGAAAAAGAAACAGAAACAUUAAAUUUAGAAUAUUUUAAUUUCUCCUUUUAAAAAAAUACUGUCUGAAACAUCUGUAAAUGUUUUGAUUUAGAUCUUGUUCUCUAAUAUGAACUUACUGCCGGAAGAAAAGGAUUUGGCAGCUGCUUAUCUUGCUGCAUGGAAAGUUUUAGUGCAGUGUCCUCUCAGUAGUAGACAUGAAUUCACAACAUUUAUGUUUUAUAGCAUUUUUGAAAAGCAUAUAUUGUGCCACCAGUUAUCAAACUACUUCUUAAUGAGAUAAUCAUGUAACCAUUGAAGUUAAUAUAUUGAUGCUUACUAUUUGCUCUGUAAACUUCAUGAGGAUAUUGUUUUCACAUUAAACAUGAAAAAAACCCAA